UGCUUUGCCUUUGGGGACAGGGCGGUCGUGAGAGUUCGCAAAGUUAUUGUGACCGGGGAAAAGGGAUGGGAAGGGGACGCGUGGGAGAAAGCAAAGGCAAGGUGGCCCGUUUUGGGAGUGUGCAAAGGGCAUCGCAGAGCUUUCCCCAACCUAUGCUCUCCAGAUGUGUUGGGUUGCAUCAGCCGCCUCGCCUGGCUGCUUAGCGGUGAUGAUGGGGUUUGUAGUCCGAUGCAUUCGGCAGGUGGCAAGUUGGAGAGGAGGUUAACGUAGGCUAGGCAGCGUUUCAGAAUUACGGAGGGAGAGACAGGACUAAGAAUUACGAAGUUACCUAAAUUCAUCCUUUGACCCCAAAUGGACUGUUCACCCUCACUGAGUCCUGCAAAAAUAAUAAUAAUAAUAAAAAAUGCAGUGAUCUGCUUCAUUUCUGGGUUGCUCCUUGUCCUUCAUGCAAUCUGUUAUUCCUAUUUUAGGUGGUACCCAGCACGCAGCUUUUGUGUCACAAGCUGCUUGCUCUGGAAAAUGCUGUCUUUAAAACAAGAAACAGCGAAGUUCCUGAAGUCGCAAGAGAUGAUUAGCUAUUUAAUUUGUUCAUGUUGUUACUUUUUUAGUGCCUGGGAUGGGGAAAAAUGCUUGCCACGUGUGAUAACUUGAUGGCCUUUAGAUACUGAGCAUCCAGGCUGGGACGAAGAUAUGUAUUGGCUUGGGCAGUAAAAUGCCUUAUUCCAUGGAAAAUGAGGAAUGACAAAAAAGGAGACAUAAACUACUCCAGAUGUAAAUAAGCAUAUGGAGGACUGAGAUUUAGAUGGUAUGGUAACUUUUUCCGUGGUGAGCUGGCUGGGAUAAUGGAAUAUGACUUCAGUCCACUGACCACAAUUCCUGAGAGCUGCAUUAAGAGUUCAGUGACCUUUGAAGAUGUGGCUGUGUAUUUCACAGAGGACCAGGGGGCUCUGCUGGAUCCAAACCAGAGAGCUUUGUAUGAAGAUGUCAUGGUGGAGAAUUACGGGAUCGUGGCCUCGUUGGGUUUUCUAGCCUUCAAGCCUGCCCUUAUCUCUCAGAUAGAACGUGGGGAAGAGCCGUGGCUGUCAGAAACCCCCAAAUUGGAUGAUACAGAGAUUUCUAGCACCAAUGCAGAUGACUAUGUGGAAAACAGUUUGUGUCCUCCACUGCACAACACAUACUGCAGUGAUGUGCACCAUAAAAUCCUUGUGGGAAAGGAGUCCUUCCUGUGUGGGACCUGUGGGAACACUUUUGCUUGCUGGCCAGGCCCUGGAAUGCCACAGGGAACACACAUGGCAGAGAGAGCUUAUGAAUGCAUGGACUGUGGGGAACAUGCUCAACAGUCUUCCACCUUCAUCGACCACUGGAGGAUCCACACAGGAGAGGAGUCAUAUGAAUGCCUAGACUGUGGGAGGCAUUUCCCAUGGUCCUCUGUCCUUGUCAAGGACUAUCAGGACCAGGUUGCAGAUGGGCAUCACGUGUGUCUGGAAUGUGGGAAGUGUUUUGCUCAUGAGUUGGGCCUUUUGAGCCACCAGAAGGUCCACCUCCAAGAGAAACAACACAAAUGCUUGCAGUGCGGGGAACAUUUUGCUGACCACCCGGCCUUUGUGAGGCACCAGAGAGCUCACACUGGAAAGAAACCCUACAAGUGCCUCCAGUGUGGGAAGUGCUUUGCAGACAGGUCCCACGUCGUGGCUCACCAGAGGAUUCACAGAGGGAUGAACCCGUACAAAUGCUCAGAGUGUGGGGAGUGUUUUGACCAGCACUCAACCCUUGUGAGUCACUGGAUGGUCCACACAGGAGAGCAGCCGUAUGAGUGCCUGGAGUGUGGCAAAUGUUUUCCUCGUCCCUCGUCUCUCGUGAAACACUGUCGUAUCCACACAGCUGAGAAACCCUACACGUGCUUGGAGUGUGGGAAGUUUUUUGCUCAGCGGUCAGGCCUGGUCAAACAUCAGCGCAUUCACACAGGAGAGAAGCCUUAUGUGUGUUUGGAGUGUGGGAAAUGUUUUGCGGACAGCUCCUCCCUCGCCAGGCACAAAAGGGUUCACACGGGGGAGAAACCCUACACAUGUUCCGAGUGUGGGAAACGCUUUUCAGACCGAUCAAACGUCUUGGCUCACAAGAGAGUCCACACAGGAGAGAAACCUUACAAAUGCCUGGAGUGUGGGAAGUGCUUUUCUCAUCGGUCGCACAUAGUGAAACACGAGAAAUUUCACAUGAAAGAGAAAGUCUCAAAAUACCAGCAGCCCCUGGGAAUAACCACACAAACGUCACCACACCCUAAAAUGGUCAAACGUGAACUACUCUGAACCUUUUGGAGGACAUUUAUGUUUCCUCAUGAGGGGCUCUGCACCAAUUACUCAAGACCAGGGAUACAAAAUUGAAGCUCUUUAAUACCUCUUGUGUAACUUCAACAUGUAUGACCUAGUCAUUGUUUUGCAUUUUUGGGGAUUUGGGGACAGUUUUUAAGGGGCAAAAUCUUAGCCUUGACUGAGACCUUUGCUGUAAUACCAGGCAUGGAAGUAAAAUCAGUGCUGGAUUUUCUGCAUUCUAAAGUCAUGGAAAGUCCUUGAGUUUGAUGAAAUACUGCUGUCGCUUAUGGCAAACUGGUUGCAUUGAAUUCAUGACUGCCAGAUCCCAAAUUACAGGUAGUCCUUGUUUAGCGACUGCCUCAUUUAGCAUCCAUUAGCAGUUAUCAUGGUGAUGAAAAAGUAA